GUAGGAAGAAGGUUUUCUGAUCUUCACCAGACACUGUAUUUUAGAAGAUGAGAUCAAAAGGCAUCAGGCUUAAUGAAGAAUUCUUGAAGGUUGUCCUUGUAAGUAAUUGAUUUGCAUUACCUGUUUGAAAUUCUAAUGAGGUAGCAAUAAUAAGAUAAAGGUUGUCAUACGAUUGUCAUUUUCAAAAGCAUGAGGCAGUGACUCUGAGUGGAAUUUGUGAUGUACAUAUGUGACAAAAUAUGGGCUCCAUCUUCAUGCUGAUGGAGCAAGGCUACAGGUAUUAUGACUUGUAGUUUAUCUCAUGUGGAGUCCUCAACAAUGUAAGAAGGUAUAGGAUUUCUACCAUAACUACAACAUACCUGCUUUUAAAACACUUCAUAAGAGAAAAGUAUUGAAAUUCAGCAUGUUUCAAGGAGAAAAACACUAAGCCUAGAUUUUCCACAGGGGAAAAAAAAAAAGUGCUGAUUUUUAGCAACUUUUGGCAUAGAAUCUUAAAUUAACAGGUAACUGUCGGGACUGAGUACUUCUUCAAAACAAGUUUUGUACUGCUUAAUGUGGGAACUUUAACUGACAUUUUGAAAGCACUGGGAAUCCCUGAGCAGAGAGGUCAAUUGAGUCACUGUGUGGGUGUUCUCCUCAUUUACAUUAGUAUUAUUUUGAUUUUGUUAGAUUAUUCUCUAGCGUUUGUAGUGCCCUUUCAUAAUACUUGGUUUUCUUUGCUACAGGACAGUAAUUGAAAAGGUUUUCAAAACCUUUCUGCAUCAACCAACAAGACAAUGGUAUAAAAGAAGUUGGAAAAAGAAUUGUAAGUGUUAAAGAAAACGUUGGUUUUGUAGCAUUUGGAGCCAGAUGAAUGAAACACGUUGGCAUAUGUGAGUGUCACUUGUUAUAUUCAGAUAUUAUUAAUUGAAUAUCUAACAACAUACUCAUAAUCAUGAGUGCUUGAGGAACAGUUAAAAUUGCAUGUAUUUCCCAACGUCAUACAGUUAGGGCAAUGGAAAACUUUUCAGCACUUUUAAUGUAUUCUCUCUCUUUUUCAGGAGCCAGGGAGAUGAAGGACUUAUCUCCCUCAUCUCAAAACUCGCUUUGCUGCUAUUUCUCUCUCUCUUUUUUUUUUUUCUUCAAAUGUUCAUAUGUCCAUGUUAACUAAUUCCUAAUAUAAUUGAAAAUAAAUGUUUUUAGAUAAUUCAUCAUAGUUUGCUUGUUUUUUCCCCUCGGUGUGGAAGUGAAGUGUGAAAGCAAGUGUAAGAACAGAGAAGGCUGCAAGUGUCUUAGGUCCUCCACCUUUCUUUUUGGUUUCUUUCAAUUGAUUGUCUUUCUUUUGUGACAAGGCCAAAUUUUCAAAUGCUGUCUCUUAAACAGAACAUCAAAUUGCCACUUAAAUUCCACCUGGCUUGCAGGGUAGGAGUGGGUAUUGACUAUAUUCUCUGCUUUGUUUUUGUUCUUAAACAGAAACCAGUGUUAGACAAUGACCAUUCCUCUUUCAAGGUAGGCUGAAUUGUAAGGCUGCAGCAUUGCAGGUGCAUUUUAAAUGCCUAUAUAAUAACUUCAUUAAUUGAACAUACUGUUAAAGAGCUGGUACUUGAAAAUUGUAUCUAUAGAAAUAAUUUGGACAAAUAUCAAUUUUCUGCCUUCCUUAAAAUUACUUUUGAUUGUGUGAUUAUAAUAUGUUAAUGUGACUUGUAUGUACUAAUGUGGAGAUAUUUUCAAGCCUAGAAACCCAAAUAAGACUUUCUUUAGAGAAAGUUUUGAUAGUUCCUUAAUGUGAAUACAUACAAAUCAUUUUGUAUAAAACAUUUAAUGGUAUUUGUAGAUAUUCAAUGUUAAAUGAUUAAUUUUACUCAUGAAGCAAUUUUUAUGUUUUACUGAUUUAUUUUACCUAAUUUUCCAAUUUUUGAAUUUUUGUGUACGUUGUAGAGUUUACAGUGUCCCAGACAACAUACACGUAUUUUUACUCAGUUUUCAUGAAAGGAAGGUGUUUUGAAUGGCUUAUGGUUUUGACUGUAUUGCAAAGCACUUUUGUUAUUUCCUCAUGGUAACAGUUAAAGUAAUGUUCUCUGCCUAUUGUCUGCAAUAUGGUAAAUAUUUUGGCACUGUGACUUAAGCACAGUCCUGCAAAUUGCUCAUUUGCAGUGGGCCUGGAACAAGUUAAUUUCCAGAUUAAAAUGUGCUCAUGGUAGCAGAUUUAUGAGUAUUAGCCUAAUUUUCUAAAUGAAAACUCAAAUCAUUCCAUUUUUGUGUGUUUUUAAUUAUAACAUUUGUAUGACAUGGGCUCAACUUGCUGUUUCUUUCCUGUAAAUAUGAUCAUAAACAAACUUGAGUUUAAAUCUAAACCUUUAAUAUUCUUCCACUGAAACAAUUAUUUAGCUAUGGUUAGCCUUUAAAUUCUGAACAGUGUAUUGAAGACCUAGCUAUACCUUACCUAGUUUUGGUCUUUGAUUUUUCACAUUUGAAUAGCUAAAAAAAUGCAUUAGUUUUCAGUUGGCAUAGCUAAUACAACAGAGAUUCCUUUUUAACCAUCUGCAAAUAAGUCAUCUGUUUUUCCCCAGGGGCCCUAGAGAUUUAUUCAUCGAAUACAAUUGCUUCUAUGACAAGCAUCAUUAUCAUAUGAACUUCUGUAGCCUGAUCAACCUUGCUUUUGAAAUCAGUAGGUUCUUAUAAUUCUGCCACUUCCCACCCCCAACAUACACCACCCUUUAGUAUUAGAAAUCUCUUCCAGAAUUUUAUCUGUUUCUUUGAGAGCAUUGGCUAGAUUCCCAUAUGUACUGUUUGCCCAAAUUAUCCUUUAUACAGUUCCCCCCAACACACAGACAUUCAGCCUGAAGUAUUUAUCAAGUUCCUUCCCAACCAUUCUUUCACAAAAUAAGCAGGGCAAGGUCUUUUGCCUCUGUAUGGGAAGUGACAAAAAUCUAAAAGGAAUGUAAUGGGAAUAAGAGUACCUACUUGUUUUAGACAGUUUGUUGUUGUUGUUUUGUACAUGGAAAUUUAUGAUUAUAUAUAUGCAUAUUAAUUUCCAAUCUUUAUGCUAAAAAUGAGCUAUCUGUAGUUUAAUAUAAAGGAAAUUUUAAAAAUCAACACAUAAGAUAAAAGCAACACCACAACCAUAUUUUUAUGUAGUUUAAAUGCAUCUUUAUGCAUUUUUAAUAUGCACACAUAAGACUACCCCUUUAGUUUUAGUACUGCUUAUGUAAAUGAUAUUUACAGAUUAUUGACAAAGAAACACAAAUUGUAUUGAUUAAUGAAAGAAUUAAACUAAACUUGCAAACUCAUAUUUAGGGAAGACGAUGGAACAAAAUAUGUGCAUAUGCAGUACCUGACAUUAAGGGCUAAGUUUCUAGACCGGUUGACACCAAGGAAGAAUGAAUGUCCUGUGUUUCCAUCACUUUUCAAAAGGAAAAAUACAAAUAUUUGACUGUGGUUGACUGCAGAUGCUAGAAAAGGUGGGUGAUACUACAGCAUAUAGGUGCAAUUGGCAUUGUAUGAAGUUUUGCAUAACUGAUUGCGCCUGGUACAGUUUCUGUCUGUAUCUAUCUUAGGUAUUUACAAGGCAUCUGUCACCUUGGUACCUAAGCAGUUUGAAAAAUGCACCCACCCCAGGAGGCAUGAUGCAGAUACAGGCAGAGGCCCAGGUCCAGAGCAGCAGAGGCAGGUCCCAGGAAGCUCCCCAACUGUGGUACCGCUGUUGUUGAGCUCCUGGCCCACUUGUUGUGGCCAAGGAACAUCUCCACCUACCUGUCAGCAGGAAGACGGUACCCCACCCCUCACGUCCAGCUCUUCUGGUGGGGAAUCUGAAAAGGAAAUAUAAUGGAAAAGGCAACGGUCCGGUAGCAGAGGUGAAACAGAAAUGGUGGGAUUUCAAAAGGAGGGAUUCUUAAAGAACAGCACAUCUCAGGGGAGGGAUCAACUGCCAGUCCAAGUGGCAGAUGUCACUGGGGAACAAGAUGGGGAGGUUCCUGGAUCCUCGGGGCAAGCUGGCCGUCACCGAGGGAGCUCGCCGUCCACGCCGGCCGAAGAACAGGAAUCCUCGGUGCCUGCCUCUGACGAAGACUCGCCGGCCAGGACCACAGAGAGCUGGCAGUGGCCGUUGUCCUCAUCUGAAACGCACAGCAACGUUGGGGAGGAUUUUGAGGGAUUUCAAACACCAGCGCGGACUCCGGAGUGUACCAUGGACAUACAGUCUCCCGGGGAUCAGUCACUCAGUAGGACUCCUCAGUUUGAAAGUGACUCUCCUGAGGAGGAGGGCAAUGAUGAAAUGAAUGAAGAGCACCGCGGUGUUGAGCCUGUCCCUAGGGAUCGGGGUUGGAGAGGGCAGCCCCAGCUAACAGAGGGAGAGAAGCUGUUGAUGGAAACCAACAGUAGGAUUGUGCAGCUGCUGGAAAAUAUCAAGAGGGAGCAUGCACAGUCCAUGGGUCUCAUGUCACAGUCCAUGGGCCGCAUGGAGCUGCAGCUGGGCAUUGUGGCUACCUCCACAAGAGCCAUCCAUAACUACCUGUCAGAGAUUUUAGCUUUCCUUAAGCAGCCAAGGACGCAGGUCCUUGAAACACGAAUCUCCCAAAGAGCCACCCCCCAUGUUGAGUUAACCUGUGCCUCGACAUGGACUGGUGAGGAUGCAGUGGCAGCCUCCACUGUCUGCUUACCAGGGGCCGAAGGGACGAGCGACUCUCGAGAACCACCGCAGGCCACGCUGCCUUGUCGCAGUGGCCGGCUGCAGAGAGCCAUAACUGAGAGGGCCUCAUUGCCCAUGCCUACACGCCAGGCAAAAGGGGGAGGGAAGAAAAAAUAACCACACCAUAGGAUUUUUAGGGUUUUUUUUAAUGUGCCUGUCCUUUUAAUUCUUAGCCAUAAGGCCAUCAGUGGCAGAAUUCAACCAUUUCCUACAUUGGCUAACAUUGUAUUCUGGCUGACUAGAUUAGUCUAACAUUUUGUAGUUUAUAUUUGCACUGUUAACAAUGUGUGCUGCUGGUAUUUUAAGAACAUUUGCCUCUGUUCUUUCACUUUAACUUCAUACAAGCAUUUUUUUACUCUGUGCCAGGCAUUCAUUGCUUUUCUUACAAAUACAAGUCAUUUCUUGA